AUGGAGAAAGUUAUUAAUCAAGUAGAUAAGAUUCUUCAUGAUGGAGCACGUAAGAAUAGUAAAGAACUAAACAAUGCACUCAUUAUGCCAUUUUCUGAUGAUUAUCCAUUUUGUACUAAUGGUGUUUAUUUCUACUGCGGUAAGAUGGGUUCAGGUAAGACAUAUGGUGUUAUUCGUCAUAUAAUGAUAACAGACCGCUUCACUAAUACUCCAUAUUAUGACUCAAUAGUUAUCUCAGCAACAUCAGGAACAAUGGAUAAAACAGCGAAGACAUUUAUGAGUCAAGUUAAAGCACCAGUACUGAAAAAGGAUGAUAAAGAACUUAUGCCUUAUUUAAUGAAGAACGUUAAGAUGAAAGCAAAGUAUUACGCUAUUGUUGAGUUCGUUCAAAGUAAGUUCGAAAAAAUUUCAGAGGAGAUGGAACACAUCUUAACAAAGCAUCAACUAAGGAAACCUGAUGGAAAGUUUGAGUAUAAGAAGAUUGCAAUAUAUGUUGUAAAGAAGUUGAACAAAUAUCCUUUCACAAAGUAUCCCAGUAAUUCUCUAUUAGUGUUAGACGAUUAUGGUGGUCAUGACUUAUUGAAUGACCCACGUUCACCAUUAGCGAACUUCAUCACUAAGGUCAGACAUUAUAACUAUACUGUUGUCAUCAUGUGUCAAACAUGGAGACAUAUAUGUUUAAACAUUAAGAGACUAUGCACUGACUUCGUUAUCUUUCAAGGUUAUUCUAUGAGAGACUUUCAGUCAAUGAUUGAACAGUCAGGAGCAACAGAAGAUUGGGAAGAGUUAUGGAACAAAUACAAAGAGCUACCAACACCUCGUUCAUAUAUGGAAGUUCAUAUAGUUGCAGGAAAGACGGACUUUAAAGAAGUUAAGCAACAAAAGAUGACAUUAUUUUAA